AUGGAGAAAAGUGGUAAAAUGAUGCCAAUUCCCGAGCUGAAUAUCCGGAAGGACAACUACUCUCAGUUGUAUUCCUUGGUGGAUGUUCUUUUGGCGAAGUUGGACACCAACCGACAAUUGAAACGGUCGUUAUUUCGGAAAUUGGAAGCCCUCUCCAACUUCCAAAAAGUAGCAACACAGCAAGCUGAAUCCUCUGAGCCGACCAUAGAUUUAGCAAAGUCUAAGCGGCAACCAGAAACGAUACCACAAGCUUUGAAAACAUCUCUGGAUUCUUUGCAUAUAGACGAAAAACCGAAGAAUACUGCAGGGGACGAGGAAUCCGAGCUAGCGGCUCUCAGGCAAGAGAACCUCAGACUAAGAGAGAAAAUAACACAAACACAGAUACACAACUCCCGAAUGGUCCAGCUAUUAGAUGACUACGAAGAUAAUAUCCUAAUGAUAGUGGACAGACUCAGAGAUUACAUAAUACAAAGUCGCCAGUCAUCAGUUGAUAAAUUGCGAGAACAGAACGGGAAGCUCUACGAGAAAACACAGGAGGUGAACCACCUAAUUGGAGAACUGCUUUCAUAUCAAGAGAGCGCUGCUGAACAACUUCCGCCAAUGUUAGAUCCUCUAAAACAGGCAAGUGGCAGUGACUCUUCAGAGUCUGAAUUACGAGAUUCCUUUGAGGCAUUUUACCUCGACAAGUACGCCCGAGAAGCUUUGGCUGUAUUGUAUUCAGGUAAAUGA